AUGCUCACAUGCAACUUGAUGCGGCCUAGUCCGGUGGACGUCACCUCACCUAACAUGCUAAUACCUACCUGGUUCCUUUGGCCUUCCACAAUCCCAUCUUGUUCGUCAUUCACUCUGUAUCCCGACUUUGCAAACAUUCUAGCUUGGAACCACCCAACAGUCGCGCAUUCCUCCCCAACAAGUCGCGCCUUGCGCAUUCACUAUAUAUAUCUGUUCUUCUUGCCUUGCUUGUCCUGCCUACCACCUGAAACUUUUUUCACCGCCAUAUGGCCGACGUUCAACCUCGACAAUAAAAUGUCUUCAACCACCAAAGUCGCAAACAACCGCCCAUGGACGCCUCCAGAUCUCGAUUUCAGAUACUUGGAUGACCCCUUCGGGCCCACAUCACCGGUGGGCGAAAAUGCCGCAAAGCCUACACGGACCCAUGCAGCACGUCUCGAAGACAGCGGGUACGUGGGACAGGAACAAGACAACAUACCCCAGCAGUAUGCCCACUAUCCAGAUGCGCAUCCCCAUGCGAAGCCUGUCAGAACCCCAGACCCGCAGGCUCACCUUGGACCUCAAUACCCACACACCCCCGACUCUGCGCAAAUCCCCUUUCACCCAGAAGGGCAAGCUUCACCACUUUGUCCUAUACCACCGCUUCCGCCCAUGCCAUGGGACAAAUCAGAAGAUCUAUCGCCUGUCCAAGAUGCGCUCUCCUCUUGUAUAUCUACAUUGGAAGGUCUUAUCAAGACUCGACAGCCUACGGAUGAUCAAAUGGACUUCCUCGUGGCGAGAUUUGAAGAGAUGACCCAAUGUCUUUCCGCGCCCGAGCCUCAAUCUCGACAAUCAGACGAACAUCUAUUCUUUGAAUUCGAACAACCUGUUAGCCUAGCAACUACUCCCAAGGAAGACCAGGAAGCUGCUGCUACCACAACCAAUGGCGACGUCCCACAGGAAGCCGAUCCCGCUGAAGCAUACAUGCUCGAAGUCGCAAAAUAUAUCGAAGAUGUAUCAAAGUAUACAGGGCACCUGCGAAAGCGGUUAGAAGAGACCAAGAAACUCAAUACCGUGUCCACCGAUAUCAUCAAGGAUCUGCGCACUUUGCUGAAACAGCAGUAUCGGCAACUAGACGAAUACAAGAAGCGCGCGUCCGUCUUGGAAGAAAAAGCUACCCAGGUCACACUGCCACAGGACAAGCCAAAACCAAAGCCAACCCAAAGCCGCGGAUUCUGGGCCUCUGUUGGGUACGCGCUGGAUUCGGUUGGCGAUAUGUGGUUGGAGUGGUAG